AUUUGGAAAGCUAAAAGUCUCUCUCAAUCGCACCAGACAAGUCUCGAUCUGAGUUUUGAACCAAAUCUCAGAAAAUUACAAAACCCAAUUCGAUGGAACAAAGUUCAGCCUCACCUCAUGUACUUAUCUUCCCCUUACCAGUCCAAGGGCCCAUCAAAUGCAUGCUCAAGCUAGCCGAGCUUCUCUGCCUCGCCCCCGAUCUCCACGUCACCUUCCUCAACACCGACCACAACCACCGCCGUCUUCUCCUCUACACGGACAUCCAAUCCCGCUUCGCAACCUUCCCUCAAUUCCGCUUCGAAACCAUCUCCGAUGGCCUCCCCGAAGACCACCCGAGAUCUGGAGACGGAUUCAUGGACUUGUUUGAUUCUUUGGAGACUGUAACAAAACCACUUUUUAAGGAGAUGUUGAGUUCUGGGAUAGGGAGGCCGGUGACUUGUAUUAUUGCAGAUGGGGUUUUGAAUUUCAGCUUUGAAAUUGCUGAAGAAGUUGGAAUUCCUCUGAUGUAUUUUGAUACUAUUAGUCCUUGCGGUCUUUGGACUUACUUCUGCGUCCGGAAACUCAUUGAUGCUGGCGAGCUUCCUUUCCAAGGUGAUGAUUUGGAUGCACCAAUUAAGUGUGUUCCAGGCAUGGAGGGCUUUCUUCGCCGCCGUGACCUACCAAACUUCUGUCGUGUCGGAGAUCUGAAUGACCCUGUCACCAAAAUCAUUAUGAAGGAAGUUCAACAAGUUCCACGAGCCCGUGGACUCAUACUCAACACGUUCGAAGAGGUAGACGAACCUGUACUCUCUCACAUGCGAUCUCUCUGCCCAAAACUCUAUCCCAUCGGCCCACUCCACACCCACCUCAAAAUGAAAUUGGCAACCGAACCAACACCACCAGGACCACAACAGGCCUCCUCAAGCGGUCUAUGGCAGGAAGAUAGAUGCUGCUUGAAGUGGCUCGACGCGCAGCCACCCAAAUCCGUGAUCUACGUUAGCAUCGGAAGCCUCGCCAUGAUGACAAGUGACCAAGUGAUGGAGUUUUGGCACGGUUUGGUAAAUAGCGGGCAUCGAUUCUUGUGGGUCAGACGGCCUAAUUCGAUACCCGGUGGCGACUGGGAGGGUCAGAUUCCGAAGGAGGUCUUGGAGGCUACGGCGGAGAGAGGGUGGUUAGUGAGUUGGGCACCGCAGGAGGAGGUGUUGGCUCACCCAGCUAUUGGUGGAUUUUUGACUCACAGUGGGUGGAACUCGACUUUAGAGAGUAUGGUGGAGGGUGUGCCAAUGGUUUGUUGGCCUUACUUUGUGGACCAACAAGUGAAUAGUAGGUUUGUAAGUGAGGUAUGGAAGCUUGGGAUCGACAUGAAAGAUACUUGUGAUCGAGCGGUGAUCGAGAAGAUGAUCAAGGAUGUUAUGGAUCUGAGGAGGGAUGAGUUUGUGGUAUCGGCAGAUCGAAUAGCGAAAUUGGCUAGAGAGAGUGUUAGUGAAGGGGGGUCGUCGUCCUGUAAUUUGGAGCGUUUGAUCGAGGACAUAAGAUUGAUGAAGAUGUGAACAUGACUCAUUCUUAAUCUUGUUUGCAAAUUGAAGUGUAGUUUUGAAAAUAAAAGGUUGUGAGGUCAAAGGAUCGAAUGUUUGAUUCUAGUUCAGUCUUCGUAAACCUGGUUUCCAAUUAUGGAACAUGUGAUAGAACUGUGCUUUGCUUUGAGAAUUGAGAGUUCUAGUAAUCUUUUAGAUUUUUAUGAAAAGUUGUAUAAAAUAAAAGGAAUAUUUUUUUUAAAGUAACUUUGUGAUUU